GCUGAGAGACGGGUGAUGAGAGGGGAGGGGCUUGUAGGAAGCGGAAGUGGCGGCUAGAACGGAAGUAGAACGGCGUUGAGUCUGCAGAAGGGACAGCGAGGAAGCAGAGCUCGCUCGGGUUAAUAUCAGCACGUUAUCACCGGACAGCAGGUUCUCAGAUUUCAUCAUGGACAAGAGUGAACUGGUACAGAAGGCCAAGCUGGCUGAGCAGGCUGAGCGCUAUGACGACAUGGCGGCUGCCAUGAAAGCCGUGACCGAGCAGGGCGGCGAGCUCUCUAACGAGGAGAGGAACCUGCUUUCUGUCGCCUACAAAAAUGUCGUAGGUGCCCGCCGAUCCUCUUGGCGCGUCAUCUCCAGCAUCGAGACGAAGACCGAGGGGAAUGAGAAGAAACAGCAGAUGGCACGAGAAUACCGUGAAAAGAUUGAGGCCGAGCUGACAGAUAUCUGCACGGAUGUUUUGGACCUGCUGGACAAGCAUCUGAUUGCAAAUGCAACAUCACCGGAAAGCAAGGUUUUCUAUCUGAAAAUGAAAGGGGAUUAUUAUCGGUACCUUUCAGAAGUAGCCAGUGGAGAUCAGAAACAAGGUACUGUAGGCAACUCUCAGCAGGCCUACCAAGAAGCUUUUGAAAUUAGCAAGAGUGAGAUGCAGCCGACACAUCCUAUUCGACUUGGACUGGCCCUAAACUUCUCAGUCUUCUACUAUGAAAUCCUUAAUUCUCCAGAAAAAGCUUGCAGUCUAGCAAAAUCGGCAUUUGAUGAGGCGAUAGCUGAACUGGACACGUUGAAUGAAGAGUCCUAUAAAGACAGCACUCUUAUCAUGCAGCUACUAAGGGACAAUCUUACAUUAUGGACUUCAGAACACCAGAGCGAGGAGGCCGACAACGUAGAGGGAGACAACUAACAACUGCCACGCAUCCAGUUUUUGUUUUUUGUUUUUUUUCCCCCACUAUCACUCUGUAUUGUAUACUCCCAUCGUGCGACCAGUAAAUAGAAUAGUACAUCGACUUUCACAACCUCCGUGUAGCAGAAUAAUUUGUGGAUGUAAGGAAAAAUUUCAGGUGUUUUACCGAACAAAUCCAUUCUAAUACUUCUGUAUAUAUGAUAUAUUUGUACUUGUAUAUCAUAUAUAUAACUUAAAUAUGUAAUUAUGUCUUUUUUUAACUGAACACUGUGAUUACGGGGUUUUGUAACAUUCUAAGUGAGGUUUUUUCUCCCCUCCCCCGUCGCCCCCCUCACUUUCAACAUUACAAUCUAUUUUAGGACAAAAAGUCGAAGUACAAUUCUGCUGUACCUGUUUUACAGGAUGUUGGUGGUGACCAUACUUGUAACCCCCGGGGUGAGUUGGGUCCAUACCAUGAUGUUUGGUUCCUGUAUCAAUGAUCUCGUUUGAUUUGAGUUUAACUAUGACAGAUGGAACUUAAUUUGAAAGCCUGGAUAUAAUAAUCAAAUUAUUAUUAUUUUUUUUUUAUAUUUAGUCAUAUUGCAUUUUUCUAUUAGUGUGAUGCGCACUAUUUUGCCACUAUGUGUUAAAGGAAAACAUACAUGUUAUUACAUCAGGGGCUCAAACAGAAUAUACUUACUGUAAAGUACAACUAUAUUGGUAACUAUUGUUCGUAGUUAAAAAAAAACAAAAAAACGACUGUCAGAUUCUAAAAGGAGAAAAUCAAGCGUAUGUGUAAGGUCUUCCCAUCAUUUCUGUUGUGGAGUAUCUUAGAAACCUGGUCAUUUUCUUUCUUCUUUGCCAUAGUAUUUUAACUGUUUACAUUUUGUUUAUUUUAAUGAAUUCAACACAUUGUCUUUCUCAGAACUCCUUCCUGGUGGCUUUUGGAUCUCCUGUUCUUCAUUUCUUAAAGAGGUCCUCCUCCUAAAGAUAUUAAAAUCUGAUUAAUAACACUGACUUGUUUGAAAAUUAGCCACAUGCAGCCCUUCCAUAGCCCAACCUGCAGCCCUCCAGCUGUUGUAAAACUACAACUCCCACAAUGCCCUGCUGUAGGCAGUCCAGGCAUGCUAGGAGUUGUAGUUUUGCAACAGCUGGAGGGCCGCAGGUUGGGCAUCUCUGCCUUAGAUCAUUAUCGAUCAGGUUUGUUUCAGUUGAACCUUAGGGGGUCCGAGUGUUUACAGAUGCCUGAAACGAGCCUUAGGUGUGGAUUUGACAUUGCUCGGCUGCUACAAAGCUGCUCUGAUCCUUCUGUGCUGUCAGCACAGUGCCAAUCCAUUGCUGAAUAUAGUAGAAAGACUUGUUGCUAGGGAAUCACAACCCUUAGUAACCGAUUUGUCCGAUUUCUCAGAUCUUCAGCUCAACACCCUAAUGCUACUAGAAUAAGGACAGAGAAGGAGCAAGGGAGCUUGGCAGUAAUGAAGUUUAGUUUGUGUCUCCUACUGCCUUAUUAAUCAGAUUUUUCUUGAAAAGGUGCUGAACCUCUUUAGUCCAGUCCCUUCAAUGCAUGGCCCAGUUUGAGACACUUUCACACCCCACAUCUUGUUUUUCGUUCACCUGAUUUGGAUGUCAGUCUGUUAUCUUUCACCAAUAUUCUAGGCAUUUUUGCAGUAAGACGUCUGUAUAUCUAUGACAUCGGUUGUAAACGCGCAGAGUACUGUAUUUAGUUAGUCACUGUUCAGGCUGUCACAGCAUCAUUCCGACUUUUUACAUUCCACCCGGCUGUAUCUUUUUCUCGGUGUCUGUCCGUCUGUCUGCUUCAAGACAAAAAUAAAUAAAUAAAAAAUAUCCAUGCACUGAUCUUUCAGUCUCCGAACAAGACGUACCGUUAAUACUUGCGCUUUCUAAAUGCAGUAGUGAAUGUGGAACUGAGCCUGUCUGUAUAUCUGGUAGCUCUUUAUUUUUUUAUUAUUAUUGUUUUGGCUUUGUUUUUACUGACCAGUAUUCUGCCUAAAGGUUUGCUUCUGUGUUGGAUUGAUUACCUAGCACACAUGUGGUUGUGAAAAAUUUAGUCUAGCGCAAAAAAAAAAAAUUCUAAAAAAAAAAAUAAUGGUUAUUGAUGUACUCAAAUUUGUGUAUGUAUUUUCAACAGUUCUAGUUUCACCCUACACAGAAUAAUCAGGAACAUGUAACAAUUCGAGCAAAAUAAAUAAUCCGUGUUA